AUGACUUGUCAUCAGAACCCAUUGAAAGGUGGACAAACAAUAGUGAUGACUAAAGAGAGUAGUGCCCUCAUCCAGAGGGAUUUGCCUAUAAAGAAGAAGGAUCCAGGGAGUUUUCACAUCCCUUGUGCUAUAAGGGAUACAAUAAUUGAUCGAGGGUUCUGUGAUCUUGGAGCAAGUAUAAAUCUAAUGUCGUUGUCUCUCAUGAAGAAGUUGCAGAUCAAUGAGUUAAAAUCCACAGAUGUAAUCCUCCAAUUGGCUAACAAGACCCAGAAACAAGCAAUAGGAGUGGUUGAAAAUGUACUGGUGAAGGUGGGGAGGUACUUCCUCCCUACAUAUUUUGUUGUUCUUGAGAUGGAAGAGAACUAUCUUCAUCCAAUCAUUCUGGGGAGACCAUUCUUGGCUACAGCCAGAGCAUUCAUUGAUGUUGAGCAGGGGAAGUUGAUAUUGAGAAUACAUGAUGAACAACUCACCUUUCAUGUCUUCAAGCCUACACAUGAAUCUGAACAAGAGAACAAAGACUUGAAAGAUGAUCACAAGGAAGUAUUCUUGGAGGAAACAAGUAGUAAAUCACAACCAGAACCUUUGAAGAACCCCGUGGUGGACAAACAAGAAGUCCAAGUGAUACAACAACCAAGGAAGCCUAAGGAGGAGCUGAAACCAUAA